CACAAAAAUACACCUUACAGCAAGGGGGAUAAAAGCGAGUAGCAUAGAUCCCCCCCACAUCAUCAUCAACAGUCAACAGUCUACUUCUUUCUUGAAAAUUUUUUUUACCGAGAUAACUGUAUUAAAACUUAAUGUCUUACUUAGACCGAAGAAGACAUUAAUUAACCAUAUUUGUGUAAAUGAAAGUUUUAAAAAUGUUGUUUCGAUGAUAAAAAAAUCGAUGUGAAUGACAAAAUAUCUUUUUGCUGACAGUUAAUAAAAUUCAUAUCGUGCGUGCAUAAAUUUUUUUUAAAAACAUUGUGUUUUCUGUAGGAUUCAUUGUGUGAAAAUUCUCCAAACUAUAUUCUGUACAUUCAUUGUGUGAAAAUUCUCCAAACUAUAUUUCUGUACAUUCAUUGUGUGAAAAUUCUCCAUGGGUAAAGGAAAUAUUAUUAUAUAAAGGCAAUAUCUAUCUAUGUAGCAACACUAGCACCAAAUAGUCUCUGUGCAAUGUGCAUGGUUGCAACGAAGUUCUAACAGAAAAUUAUUUUCAUACAUGGAAAUUUAAUGUUUGUGUUGAUGAGUUUCCAAUUGUAGUUCAUAAUUAUUUUUCGUUAUUAUAAAACAUUUUACUUCUGUUCUAAAAAUUGAAGGAAAAAAAAGAAGUAGUUUCAUUUCAUUGCUUUGUGUUCAUAAUUUGAUAAUAAUUUAUUUAGGCAGGCAUUGUGAUAAAUUAAUCAAGGAAAAAAGUUUAAUUUGGUACAAGUAACACUUUAAACGAACUUUUCAUUCAGCACAUUAUUAAACAGUUAUAAGAAGAUUAAAAUUACUGACUACCGCAGAUAAUUCAGCUGUGUGUCACUUUCAUAAAACAUAUAUGAUAAAACAUAUAUUUAUACACAAGAAAUUUAAAUUGUGAUUUUCUUGUUCACGCUGAGAUAAUGUUUUCUGUAUUCAAUUUGUGCAAUUUAAUACUCGUAAAUAGAAUUAAACUUUGUUGACUUUCUCGUAUUUAUGUUAAUGAAUAAGAGCUUGCUUUUCUUGUGCAUGAUAGAACAUUGAUAUAAAAAUUUGAUAUGAAAGUUUUUUUUAUAUUAUUAUAGAUAAUUUCAAUCCUUUUAAGUCGGUGAAAGUGAAAUUUUUUUUUGAUGCCUUUCUUCGUUUAUAAUGAACUAUAUUACUGCAGUGUCUUAGUUAAUGAAAUCAAAUUUGAUAAUUUCAUGUUCAUAAUUGUUAUUAUCUUGUUAAUAUCACAAAGUAAAAUAAUUUAAUUUAGUUUUGCAUCUUGGUAUGUUCAACAAAAGAGAAAUAUUAAAGUUGGUUGUGAAAAAGAAAAAAUUUUAACAUCUCAAUAUAAUUUAAAUUAAUGCUUUCACAGAUGCACUUAUUAAUAAGUCAUAUUUCUUCAGUAUUAUAUUUUACUUAAUUAAAAAUUUAGUCAAAGUAAGUUACUUAAUACAGCAUGUUCUUUUUUGUAUUGUAUGUUAUUAAAGGCCUAACUUAAUUCAGAAUAAGUAUCAUCCUGUAAGUAAACCUUAUUCUUGUUAUUGUAACAAGAGGUUUUCAGGAAAAUGUCCGACUCAUACUGGUGAGAAGCCUUUUUCUUUUAGUAUAUGUAAGAAGAUAUUCUUAAUGAAGGAUAAUUAAAAAAAACUUUGUUUGUUUACUGGGGAAAAACCUUAUUCUUGUACUAUAUGUAAAAAGAGUUUUUUCGGAGAAGAGUAAUAUGACUAAACAUUGUCAUGCUGAUACUGGUGAGAAACUUUAUUCUUGUAGUAGAUGUAAUAAGAGUUUUUCACUAAAAGGUAGUCUGAAAAGACACAGUCGUAUUCAUACUGGUGAGAAACCUUAUUCUUGUAGUAUAUGUAAUAAGAGCUUUUCACUUAAAAGUAAUCUGACCAGUCACAGUCGUGUUCAUACUGGUGAGAGGCAGAAGCCUUAUUCUUGUAGUAUAUGUAAUAAGAGUUUUUCACUAAAAAGUAAUCUGAAAGAACACCAUUAUAUUCAUACUGGUGAGAAGCCUUAUUCUUGUAGUAUAUGUAAUAAGAGUUUUACACAAAAAGGUAAUCUGACACAACACAGUCUUGUUCAUACUGGUGAGAAGCCUUAUUCUUGUAGUAUAUGUAAUAAAAAAUUUUCACUGAAAUAUAGUCUGACCAGUCACAGUCGUGUUCAUACAGGUGAGAAACCUUAUUCUUGCAGUAUAUGUAAUAAGAGUUUUUCACUAAAAAGUCAUCUCACUAGACACGGUCUUGUUCAUACUGGUGAGAAGCUUUUUUCUUGUAGUAAAUGUAAUAAGAAUUUUUCGCUAAAAAGUAGUCUGAAAAAACACAAUCGUGUUCAUACUGGUGAGAAGCCUUAUUCUUGUAGUAUUUGUAAUAAGAGUUUUUCACAAAAAAGUAGUCUGAAAAAACACUGUCUUGUUCAUACUGGUGAGAAGCCUUAUUCUUGUAGUAUAUGUAAUCAAAAAUUUUCACUAAAAACAAAUCUGACCAGACACAGUCGUGUUCAUACUGUGAACUACAAGAAACCUUUUUCUUGUAGUAUAUGUAAUAAAAAUUUUUCGGAAAGAGUAUUUCUGAAUGUACACAGUCGUGUGCAUACUGGGGAGAAACCUUAUUCUUGUACUAUAUGUAAUAAGAGUUUUUCACUUAAAGGUAGUCUGAAAAGACACAGCAGUGUUCACACUGGUGAGAAGCCUUAUUCUUGCAGUUUAUGUAAUAAAAGUUUUUCAUUAAAAAGUAAUCUGAAAAAACACUGUCUUGUUCAUACAGAUGAGAAGCCUUAUUCUUGCAGUUUUUGUCAUAAGAGUUUUUCACAAAAACUGAUUCUGAAUCAACACAGCCAUGUUCAUACUGGUGAGAAGCCAUAUUCUUGUAGUAUCUGUAAUAAAAAAUUUUCACUGAAAAAUUAUCUGACCAGUCACAGUCUUGUUCAUACUGGUGAGAAACCAUAUUCUUGCAGUAUAUGUAAUAAGAGUUUUUCACGAAAAAGUAAUCUCACUAGACACGGUCUUGUUCAUACUGGUGAGAAGCUUUUUUCUUGUAGUAAAUGUAAUAAGAAUUUUUCACUGAAAGGUAGUCUGAAAAAACACAAUCGUGUUCAUACUAGUGAUAAGCCUUAUUCUUGUAGUAUUUGUAAUAAGAGUUUUUCACAAAAAAGUAGUCUGAAAAAACACUGUCUUGUUCAUACUGGUGAGAAGCCUUAUUCUUGUAGUAUAUGUAAUCAAAAAUUUUCACAAAAAAAUAAUCUGACCAGACACAGUCGUGUUCAUACUGUGAACUACAAGAAACCUUUUUCUUGUAGUAUAUGUAAUAAAAAAUUUUCAGAAAGAGUAUUUCUGAAUGUACACAGUCGUGUGCAUACUGGGGAGAAACCUUAUUCUUGUACUAUAUGUAAUAAGAGUUUUUCACUUAAAGGUAGUCUGAAAAGGCACAGCCGUGUUCACACCGGUGAGAAGCCUUAUUCUUGCAGUUUAUGUAAUAUAAGUGUUUCAUUUAAAAGUAAUCUGAAAAAACACUCUUGUUCAUACUGAUGAGAAGCCUUAUUCUUGCAGUUGAUGUCAAUAGAGUUUUUCACAAAAACUGAUUCUGAAUCGACACAGUCGUGUUCACACUGGAGAGAAACCUUAUUCUCGUAGUUUAUGUAAUAAGAGUUAUUUACAAAAAAGUCAUCUCACUAGACACGGUUGUGUUCAUACUGGUGAGAAGCCUUAUUUUUAGUUGGUUUAUGAAACAUGUAAAGUAUUAUAGAUUGCUUCAUAAAAUCAAUUUCUUGUUUUUCAAGACAAGUCAUUUAAAUAUUUACUGAUCAUAAAUUUUUUUAAUUGCAUUUGAACGUUUUUGAGACUAUUUUCAACCAAAAAUUAGAAGAACGCUCAAGAUUACUCACACUCUUACAAAAUAAUUGUAAUUAGUAAAUCAUAAGUUUUUUUUUAAAUUCCAAAAACUAUUUAACUAAAUAAUUAAAUUUAAUAAGGAAAUAUGCAAAGGAUUUUAAUUUGUUAUUUUGAAAUAGCUGUCCAGUUCAUUAAAAAAAUUUUUUGUCAUGAUAUCUUAAUGUAUAAGUGUCUGAUAUUAAUAAGUAGUUCUUUUCUUAUAAUGGUUCAGCACCUUUUCAAUAUCUUGUUAUAAAUAUUUCUAUUUUUCUAUAAACAGUUGAAAUAAAAUGCACUUUAUUUAAUUUUAUAUUUAUAUUGUGUAUUAUAACAUAAUGAAUAAAGAAAUCAAGUUCAAAAAAUUUUUCAAAGAAAUUUUAUAAAAAUUAUUAUUUUUUCCAUAUCUUUUACAAAAUAUAUGUAUAUAUUUUUUUUUAUAGACAAUUAAAAUAAAAUGCACUUACUUUAAAAUUGCAUUUGCAAAUUUUUUAAUGAAAUUCUAUACAUUUGUAAAAGACAUUCUUUAAAAUUUAUUUAAUUUCAAUUUAUUUCCUAUUUUUUAAAGCUAUUAUAAUGAUGUUCAUGUGAAGUGAUUUAUCCUCACAUUUUAUGUAAAGCAAGGAUGUUCAACUUUUUUGCAAUCAUGUACCUAAUGUUAUUUAAUAUAUUUUUUGUUGAGUGUGUAAUAAAAUAUUUUUACAAAAUAAAUAGCUUUCUAGUUGA